AAGGGCUUAUUGUUGUAAUUGACACCGGCGAGUCGAAAUCUACGCUCUAUAUUUUGAUCGUUCUACCUAAUAUUGAUGACUCAAUUUCAUUCACUUCUGAAUAUUUUUCAUGGAUUUAAUAAAACAAACUACCUAAUUUUAUAGUCAGUUUUCAGCAUGGAAACUCAAGUAACAGACCUACCAACUAACAAUGCAGAUCCGGCACACCAUUGUCAGCAGCCGGAACAAAGUUGUAGAAAGUUGCCGAAAUGGAGACCAACAUCCAAGGCAAAAUUAGCUGAAGUGGAAGAAAAGCUUCUAAAAGCGUAUUUGAAGAUUCCAUACACCACGAGAAUGGUCCAACUGUCAAACCCGAAACAUCAAUUAUGGACAAUAUCUAUUAACGAAAAUCAUAGAGGAACACCUUUAGUUCUAGUUCACGGCAUGGGAGGUGGUAUUGGACUGUGGGCCAAAAAUCUAACAGAACUAUCGAAAAAUAGACCCGUAUAUGCAUUUGAUCUCAUUGGUUUUGGUAAAAGUUCUAGACCAACAUUAAGUACAAAACAAGAAGUGGCAGAGGACCAAUUUGUAGACUCCAUUGAAGAAUGGAGAAAGCAAAUGAAACUGGACAAGUUUAUUUUACUUGGGCAUAGUUUAGGUGGAUAUCUUAGUACAGCAUAUGCUCUGAAAUAUCCAGAGCGAAUUCAGCAUUUAAUACCAGCAGAUCCCUGGGGAUAUCACGAAAAGCCACCAGAAACACAGAUGCCGACACGAUACAAAAUCUUACUGGGAAUCGGAAGUCUAUUUUACCCAAUGUCUUUUCUACGAGCAUCGGGACCAUUUGGUCCUGGAUUGGUGAAGAAAUUUAGAUCUGAUAUCCAGAACAAGUUUGCUGAUGCCCUCUCUGACGAUACCGUCAGUAAUUAUAUAUAUCACUGUAACGCAAGAACGCCAAGUGGCGAGAUUGCCUUCAAGAGUAUAAGUCUUGGACCAUACAUUUGGGCAAAAAAUCCUAUGAUAACCAGGGCUGUCAAUUUACCAAAGGAAUUACCAGUGUCUAUUUUAUACGGAUCUGAGUCUUGGAUGGAUAAAACAGCAGGGUAUCAAGUACAGACGGCAAGGGAUUCAAGUUAUGUUACUGUACAGAAAAUUCCAGAUGCAGGACAUCAUGUUUACGCUGACAGAUCUGAUAUAUUUAAUGUUGUUGUCUCGGAGAUCUGUAAAGCUGCAGACCAGAACAGCGUCGUGUCACAUGACAAACUGGAAGAUAUUAUAUUGAGCUUUGAAAGUACCAGUACAAAGAAAACCACAUGACCUAAUCACAUGACUAGCUUUAUAAUUCUAAAAUAUUUGCUUUAAAGGGAUCUGAAAUAUUAGCUUUAAAAAGAUCUGAAAUGUAAGUGAAAUCCGUCUCGUUUAUAAGGUCAUACUUGAAGAUUCUGCAUAGAGUUUCUAAGUUGGCAUUAAGGGAAACUUUAUUGGUAGUGAAUACGGGCCAAUAGCAGACAGCUAUUUUGUCUUUCUUUAAGAAUUCUAUUUUUGUACCACUAUUUUUGCUGUGAUAAUAUAUAUUUAUUGCUAUGUUAUUUAAUGUUAUACAUCGUUUCUGUUCUGUGUUAAAUGUUUAUCUUUCUAUUUAAAUACAUUAAUAAAGGUUAAAACAA